AUGAAUGAAAAGGAGGAAAAUAUUGUGAAAGAAGAACAUUUGUCAAGAGAAAACAAGCCAGAUCAAAGCAAUGACUCCAUGGAUAUAGAGAAGAAUGAAGGAUCAACAGACCAUAAUGAUCAUCUUGGAAAACAGCAUUCGUUAGAAGGAAAAGAGCCCCUUGAAAAUAAAAGAGGUAAAAGAAUGUUUGGCGCUUUACUUGGAACUCUGGGUAAAUUUCAGAAGGAAGCAGAACGUGAAAACCAAUCGCAAACACGCUCAAGGCGAGCUGAGCUGGAAGAAAAAGUAGCCAAGCGUCAAGAAGAAGAAAAAAAGGAGUUAGAGUUACAGGAGAGUAGAGAGAAAGAACAAAAGGAAAAUGAAAUGGUCGAGGAAAGGAGGAUUGUUAUGGAUGAUUUAGAAUUGGACUUGAAGGAUUUAAAACAAACACUAAAAAAACAAGAAUCUACAUUUUUGAAGACAAACACCGAACCUCGCUUGUAUUAUAGACCUUAUUAUUUAUUGCCUAGCCAGAAAGCAUACUUGGAUCAAGUUAAAGAAGAAAAGGACUAG